AUGGGUGCAGAACUAUCAAGCAAGUACCAGUACAAGGCCAUGGCAUUUGACGGGGAGCGCAGCUUCAGCGGGUUAGGCGAGGGUGACACCAGGAUCUGCUCCGUGCUGGCUUGCACAGGGGACACCAUCGACACUUCUGUAACAUGUGAUAUACUCGUCAUAUUGUACAGCAAGUACCAGUACAAGGCAAUCACAUUUGACGGGGAGCGCAACUUCAGCGGGUUGGGCGAGGGCGACACUAGGAUCUGCUCCGUGCUGACUUGCACAGGGGACACCAUCGACACGUGUGGCAAGAGAUUCCCAACAUUCGUUGUAAAUUCUACAUCAAUCUUUGAAGAGCUGACUAUAGUAGCUACAGUGCCUACACCAGUACUUGAUACUCGAUUGGAUGCCCAUGAUUCAUCCUUUUUCCCGAUCUCCCUAGAUGUGUCUAUCAUGCCUUUAGAACCCAGCGAAUACACGUAUACUGAAGUACCUGGUGAUGGAACCACGGUUUUCACGUAUACCUUAGUUAACACUGAGAAAGAGUUGUAUUCUUUUGCUGUUUGGGGCAGAGUUUUUGAGCCAGCACCCGGAUCUUCAAUUGUGCCAUUUUUAAGUAAAUCGUUGCUAGUCAUUGUGUUAGCUUUAUUGUACGUGUAAGAUUAAAGACAGGACUGUGAA